CGGGAAGGGCGGAGCUUUCCCACCCUGGCGGGGCGGGGCGGGGCGGGGCGGAGCUCUCCAGCUUUCCCGCGGCCCCUCUAACUGCGCAUGGCACGUAGCGUACCCCCUCCCAGCAACCGGCCUGGCGGCGGCAAGGCCAUAAACUAAGGAGGCGGAGCUGAGACGCGGUCCCGACUGCUUGCUAACUUCAGGACCAGGUUUAAAUUUUUGAAAUUGAAAUAGGUCUACUCAUUAGGAACUCAUGUCUUUUCUUCGGUGGGUCUCGGAAAAGUUCAUUGUUGAGGGCUUAAGAGAUUUGGAACUAUUUGGAGAGCAGCCUCCGGGUGACACUCGGAGAAAAACCAAUGAGGCGAGCUCAGAGUCGAUAGCAUCUUUCUCGAAGCAGGAGAUCAUGAGUAGCUUUCUGCCCGAGGGAGGGUGUUACGAGCUGCUCACCAUUAUAGGCAAAGGAUUUGAGGACCUGAUGACAGUGAAUCUAGCGAAGUACAAGCCAACGGGCGAGUAUGUGACAGUGCGAAGGAUUAACCUAGAAGCUUGUUCCAACGAGAUGGUGACGUUCCUGCAGGGGGAACUUCAUGUCUCUAAACUCUUCAGCCAUCCUAACAUCCUGCCAUAUCGAGCCACCUUUAUUGCAGACAAUGAGCUGUGGGUUGUCACGCCAUUCAUGGCAUAUGGUUCUGCAAAGGAUCUCAUCUGUACACACUUCAUGGAUGGCAUGCAUGAACUGGCGAUUGCUUAUGUCCUGCAGGGGGUGCUCAAGGCCCUUGACUACAUCCACCACAUGGGAUAUGUACACAGGAGUGUCAAAGCCAGUCACAUUCUGAUCUCCGUGGAUGGGAAGGUCUACCUGUCUGGUUUACGCAGCAACCUCAGCAUGAUCAGCCAUGGGCAGCGGCAGCGUGUGGUCCACGAUUUUCCCAAGUACAGUGUCAAGGUUCUGCCGUGGCUCAGCCCAGAGGUCCUCCAGCAGAACCUGCAGGGUUAUGAUGCCAAGUCUGACAUCUACAGUGUGGGAAUCACAGCCUGUGAGCUGGCCAAUGGCCACGUGCCCUUUAAGGACAUGCCUGCCACCCAGAUGCUGCUGGAGAAACUGAAUGGCACAGUGCCCUGCCUGCUGGACACCAGCACCAUCCCCGCUGAGGAGCUGACCAUGAGCACCUCACGCUCAGCGGCCAACUCUGGCCUGAGUGAGAGCCUGGCCACCAGCUCCCCCAGGACCUCCAAUGGGGACUCCGUAUCCCACCCCUAUCACCGCACCUUUUCCCCCCACUUCCACCACUUUGUGGAGCAGUGCCUCCAGCGCAGCCCGGACGGGAGACCAAAUGCCAGCACCCUCCUGAACCAUUCUUUUUUCAAGCAGAUCAAGCGACGCGCCUCAGAGGCUUUGCCUGAGUUACUUCGUCCUGUCACCCCCAUCACCAAUUUUGAGGGCAGCGAGCCUCAGGAUCACAGUGGGAUCUUCGGCCUAGUAACAAACCUGGAAGAGUUGGAGGUGGACGACUGGGAGUUCUGAGCCUCAGAGGAAGGUGCACAUUUUCCAACACACGAGGACGUGGGAGCCUCCGGGCCCCUUCCUGAGGGCUGGCCACAUUCCCACCCUUCGGGGUGCAGAUUGGGUAGAAAGGACAUUUCUCCAGGAGAGUCGUCUGCUUGCUGACGGGGAAAUUCCUGGAGAGAAACUUUUCUUUACUGCUCCAAGCUUCUGAGACACAAGGGAAUCCCAACAACUAGGGAUCCAGACAGGCCAGAACGCUGACAUUCCCAGCCCUGGUUGCGCAACAGCCUCCUCAGAGGGAAGAGAUACUGUCCUGUCCCUGGAGGCUGAAGUUCAAGCCCAGGGUUUGACUCAUUGACACAGGGAACUGUGUGACUUCCUCUUCCCACUCAUGCUCACUUACCAGCAAAAUGCUAUUCUUUUCCAGUGUUCUUAGAUCCUGUAGGUCCAUGGAGAGGCAAGCAAUAAGCAACCCCUCUCCCCUCUGACCUCUCCCUAAUCAUUGGAGGGAAGGGUUCCCACCCUUUGGGGGGGGGGGUGUAUUUUUAAGCACCGGGUUAAGGUUGGAGCACUUCGUCUGAUCCUUGUUAUCGCUUGGGCCCUGACACCUAGAACUUGUCCGUAGUUCAUCUGUGAAGUGUGUUCCUUUCCCACCGAGGCCAUCUCACCGCCUCCUGCUCUGCCCUGGUGCUUUCUCUAUGGGCCAUAACGUCUUGCCUGGCCAGAGGGCGUAAGUCCUUACGCCGAGUUAGUUUUAUUGUCAGAACAAAUUAAAAAUUUCAGAGAACCUGCCGGAGAGUGAAUUGUUGUGUGCUGACCAUACAGGCUCAGACCAGUCUCAUUCCACCCCGGGUUCUGCCUCCCAAGUGGUCCCCAAGUGCUCGCGGAAGCACAACAGUGACAGCCUCACAACACACCAAGUCUUUUAGAACUCAUAAAAGAUUUGUCUGUCAACUAUCUA